GCGGGCGGUGCUGCUGCUUCUGCCGUCCUGGGAUCCGCUCGCGCCGCGCUCGGUCUCCGGGGCUGUCGCAUCGCCCCGCGGCUCGCCUGGCAAGAGCAGCGGCAGCAGCGCGCCGGAGCCCGCGUCUCCAUGGGCUGGCGAUGGAGCGGCGCCGGCUGAGCACUGCGGAGCCCGUGCUGGCUGCCGGCGCUGCAGGGAGGCCGGUGCCUUGUCCUUGCCUCUUCCUCCUCCCGGAUCGAGUGGCCGGCGAGCGUCGGGGAGCCGUGGCGAGGCCAGCCGGAGGGAGACCCAGUUAGCCGUUCGCGUCGCCUUAGCGGCCUCCUCAGUCAGGCGCACAGGGGCUCGGCGCCUGGGGCGGCCGCGUACGCAGGAGAGUUGCAGCCGCCGGGCAGCCGCUCACCGCCCCCCGCCCCAGCGAAGGCGCAAUGCACUUUCCGAGCGGUCUGCGCCUCAACAAGCCCUUAAAGUUUGCUCCGGCUGCAGAGCGGAAACUCCCCGGCUUGCCAGGAGCCGCGUGUCCCUCUCCCUCCCUGGGAUGAUGCGUUAACUUGCUGCAAAGGAGUCCCCUCCUCCUCUUCUUCCCGCCCCCUCCGUCCCUGACGGGCGCUCGGCCGGAGAACCCCCGGGAGCCUCUGCCUUGCACCGGCCGCUCCCUCGCCGUGCAAAGACGCGCGUCUUCUGGUGUGCGGGGGAUCCGUGGAGCGAUGGGAGGCAGGAGGAAGCGCAAGUUCCUUUGAGCGGCGGGGAAGCUGCGGCAGGAGGUGCCCAUGCCAAACAGGGCACGGCGGCGGCGGCAUCCUAGAGAGCAGCCGGGGGCAUCCUGGAGAGGCCGGAAGAUGCCCUCUUUGCAUCCGAGCUGACCCUUCCCGCAGUCCUUAGGCGCCGAGAAGCAUUCGCCUGUGAUGAGCAACAGUUGGCAGGGCUGGUCUCCUGCCCCAGCCCCUCAGCAUGAAGGUUUUCCGCCGGAAGGCACUGGUGCUCUGCUUGGGCUAUGUGCUGCUGCUCCUCCUCACCAUGCUCAACUUGCUGGACUACAAGUGGCACAAGGGGCCGCAGCAGUGCAGCGAGGCUUCCCUGGCCCGGCGCACUCCAUACCCGCAGCAACUGCCUUAUUAUGCCUCUCAGUCCCGAUCGGACACUCGGGCUCUCUAUGGGCCCCCUGUGCCCCUCGCCCGCAAGCGGCAGUUGGUCUACGUUUUCACCACCUGGCGUUCAGGGUCGUCCUUCUUCGGAGAGCUCUUCAACCAAAAUCCAGAGGUCUUCUUCCUUUACGAGCCGGUGUGGCAUGUCUGGCAGAAGCUGUAUCCGGGUGAUGCCGUCUCCCUGCAGGGGGCUGCCAGGGAUAUGCUGAGCUCCCUCUACCGCUGUGAUCUGUCCGUCUUUCAGCUGUAUAGCACGGCGGGAGCUGGGAAGAACCUCACUACGUUGGGCAUUUUUGGGGCGGCCACCAACAAGGUGAUUUGUUCUGCGCCGCUCUGUUCGGCCUACCGCAAGGAAGUGGUUGGCAUGGUGGAUGACAAGGUGUGCAAGAAAUGCCCGCCGCAACAACUUAGCCUCUUCCAGGAAGAGUGCCUCAAAUACCACACUCUGGUCAUCAAAGGGGUGCGUGUCUUUGAUCUGACUGUACUGGCACCACUCAUGCAAGAUCCUUCCUUGGCUCUUAAAGUCAUCCACCUGGUCCGGGACCCUCGAGCAGUGGCCAGCUCUAGGAUCAAAUCCCGCCAUGGGCUCAUUCGGGAGAGCUUGCAAGUGGUGAGGAGCAGAGACCCCCGUAUCCAUCGCAUGCCCUUCCUGGAUGCAGGGCACAAACUGAACAGCAAGAAGGAGGGAGGAGGUGGCUCGGACUACCAUGCCUUAGGGGCCAUGGAGGUGAUCUGCAGUAGCAUGGCAAAGACCCUGCAGACUGCCUUGCACCCGCCUGACUGGCUCAAGGGUAAUUACAUGGCUGUGCGCUACGAGGACCUGGUGGUGGACCCCAUCAAGACUUUACGGCAGGUGUAUGGGUUUGUCAACUUGCUGGUGAGCCCCGAGAUGGAGAAGUUUGCCCUUAACAUGACCAGUGGGCCUGGCUACUCCUCCAAGCCCUUUGUGGUCUCUGCCAGGAAUGCUAGCCAGGCCGUGAAUGCAUGGAGGACAGCACUGAGCUUUCAGCAGAUUAAGCAAGUGGAGGAGUAUUGUCACCAGCCCAUGUCUGUUCUAGGGUACGAGAGAGUCAGCAGCCCAGAAGAAGUAAAGGACCUCAGCAAAACCUUGCUUAGGAAGCCGCGAUUGUGAGCGGCUGUACACCCAGAAUGGCUGGUCGAGAGCAUUGCUGGCAGCUUUGCAGACUGUUGCGUUUGAGAGGGGAGGAAGGAUGUGGGGAUCUUAAGAACACAUUGCCCGGGAAGAUAAUUUUGAUCCUCACAAGACUACUGAGGAGCUCACUCUUUUAUGAUUUGGCUUUGCUGGGAUGCCACUUAUAUAAACACACACAUCAGCAAGUAUUUGUAAGGCCUUUUUUUCUCUCCAAAAGUGCAAAACAUGUAAUUCAGUAUGUCCCAGAAUCUUUACAUACAAUGUUGUGAUGGUGAUCAUGAAGGACUUGCAUAGUUGUUAAGGCAUCAUUUGGGGGGUGGGGUUGAAGGGGGGAGUUGGAGGAUAAACAAGAAAUAUGUGGAGGACUGGAGUUUUGUAUAAAUGUUUAAAUGUGAUCUUAAUAAAGAAAUCAAUAAAAAUGGUUC